AUGGUGAAUGGGGACAUGAGGAACAUCCAGACCGAAAUAGAGCUGGCCACAACUUUGGUUCAGUCUUCGAUCAUUAAACCCAGAUAUAGAGACGAGGAUAUCCUUUUCAGUACCAUCGGCGUCUAUGAAGAUGACAACCUAUUACAGCAUAUGAAUUCAAAUCUAGCCUAUGUUUUGCCUGGCUCCAACAAUAUACUCUUUGUAAGGAGCAACUAUACAAGUGCACUGUUUUAUACAUUGAUGAGACGUAUCUUGGCAAUUUUCUUUUCCAUGUAUCGAUUCUUUUUGCUAUCGUUAUCGAUAUCUCUGGAUCUUAUUGAUAAGGGAGAAUCGCUCUUCUGGUGCUUGCUAUCUUUUCUACCCUUCCCGGAAGAUGUUUCUGAGGUUGGACCGGCUGCAGUAUAUAGUUCAACAUCUGUUGAUAAAGUUUCACUAGGUGGGGAGGAAGCUGCUAGCCAUAGUAUAAAUGUGACGUCUCUCAGAGAAGAUAUGGGUAAUCAUUUAAAAUCAUACGGAUUACUACCUACUAGAAUUGGCAACAGGAUCUUGGAGAAGUCUCUAAUGGCUUCUGUUCCUAGGAACCGUCUACAUAUUAGAAGAGUCACAGCAAGCUGGUGUGUUCCUUAUCACAUGUGCUUUAUCUUUGAGAUGUCGCCACUUGUUGUUCCUCAACCACCAGAGGUACCUACCCCUUACUUAGACUUUGAUAAGAAAAUGGUGGUUCCUGAUAAGAAGGACAUUGCCAAGGUUCUAUCAAAGAGAGCUGAAUGGUCUUCAUUACAUCAUACACACAAAGCCGCUGAGAAGUUUCGUUUAGUUUAUGAGGCUUCUAAAUGUAUAGCAUGGGCCGCUUGUUCCGGGGUUCGCAUUGUCACAGUCUUUGAAUCAAAUGGGUAUGCCUGGUUAGAUAUGCCAAAAAUUGCCACAGUUGUUUAUGAGGAAAUAAACAGCCUCACUGAUUCUUCUUACAGUGUAUUUGAUAACAUCAAGCUAGUAAACCUACAAACCGCAGAGACGUAUGAUGUGUUCCCCAAAGAGUCCAAGAUCCGUCAGCUCGACUCAAACCAGUUUGGAAACAACAAGGAGUUUGAUCCGAAUCUAGACGGAUCUCAAGAGACAUACAAAGAAGUACUUGAAGAAGUAGUCCCUGCACCUGAACCUAUAGUGUCAUACACAUGCAAAACUGAGGCAAAGAUACCUCUAGAUGCUAGACAUAUGUUUCGCACAAAUCUCACGGUUUUCUUCCAGUCUAAUAAAGAUAGUGAUACAAAACAAGUUUUAGCCCAUAAAGUAAAGAGGAAAAUAUGUGAUAUUCUCAACAAGAAACCAAGUUUAAACUCGAAGAGUUUGAAACAUUCCCCAUUGAAUCCAGUCUAUAUUGACCUUGAACAAUACGUCGAUCCCGAAAUAAUCUACAGAUUUCAUAGUUCCAGCCAAAAUCCUAAUUCCUUGACAGGCUAUCCGUUGGUUCCCCUUGUUACUGGCACUAAAGUCUCUGAUACUGUAGCUACGAAAUCCUUAGGAACUUUGCAUAGGGACACGCGUGUUCCAAUCUUUAUAUCCCAGGGGAGACCAGUAAAUUUUGCCCAGUUUGUGAAAGGAAUCAUGACUUUCCAUGAAAUGCUUAAACGGGGGUAA